AUGCAAAGAUCUCCCACAGCUCGAUUCGUGUGCAAUCAGAUCCUUCGCAACCAAAGUCAUAUCAAAACAAAACUUCGUCAACAGCCACCGUGUGAUGUGUUCAUCAACCACAGAGGAAUCGACACGAAAAGGAAUGUUUCCGGGCUGCUUAACGAUCAUCUCAGGCGGCUCGGGUUCAGGCCUUUCUUGGACUGCAAAAACAUGAAACCUGGGGACAAAUUGUUCGAUAAUAUUGACAUUGCAAUACAAAAAUGUAAGGUCGGGGUUGCUGUUUUUUCUCCCCAGUACUGUGACUCUUAUUUUUGUUUGCAUGAGUUGGCUCUUAUGAUGGAGUGCAAAAAAAGGGUUAUACCAAUUUUUUGUGAUGUAAAACCUUCUGAACUUCGGGUUAAAGAUGAUGGGAUUUGUCCAACUGAGGAUUUGGACAGGUUUCACUUGGCUCUUGAAGAGGCAAAGUACACAGUUGGACUAACAUUCGAUACAUUGAGGGGGGAUUGGCCGGAAUUUCUGGAUAGUGCUUCAGAUGCAGUCAUCAAGAACUUGCUUGAAGUAGAAAAGGAGAAAUACUUCUUGAAGAAGAAGAAAAAUUAUUAUAAUUAG